AUGGAAAAAAUUAGCGUAUGCUUAAGAAUACGACCACUCAACCAAAAAGAAAUUAAUGACAACGAAAUAAUAGCUUGGGAUGCCAAUGACUAAAAAAUUUAACUCAAUAAAAUUUGCUUAAAGGAAUUGAUUGCUUAAAAAAAAGUAGUCAAUAGUUUGAUUUACGAAUUCAAUCAUUGCUAUGGUCAACAAGCUGACAACUAUUUUUUGUUUUCAACUUCUGUCAAACAAGUAAUUAUGCAAUCUUUAGAUGGCAUCAAUGGGACUGUCAUCAUGUAUGGAUAGACAGGGUCAGGCAAAACCUUUACAAUGUUAGGAAAGAGGAAUUAGGAGAUGCUCCAAAACAACAAUAGCAACAUCUAGUAAUUAAUCAAAGAUAGUUUUGCAAAUAAUCAAUACAACGAUGUGGGAAUUUUGAUCUACUCAAUGAUGGAACUUUUUAAACAGAUUAAUAUUGAUGAAAAGAGAUAGUUCGAAAUUAAAUGUAGUUAUUAUGAAAUCUACAAUGAGUUUAUUUAUGAUCUGUUACGUGAAGAAAAUGAGUUAUCUGAACCCCUCAUUUUUGGAACUGAUUAUCGUAAGGAAUUUGUCAUCAAAAAUAUCAAAGAAUUCAAUGUUACCUCCAUUGAAGAUGUGAUUGCAUGCAUUUCAAAGGGAGAAAAAAAUAGACAUUAUGCAGAAACCAUAUUGAAUCACCAAAGCAGCAGAAGCCACACAAUCUUCAAAGUGCUCAUUAGUGCUUACUCCAAUGAGUCCGAAGAAGAGGAAAACUUUACUUUUUCCACUGAAGCAUGCAUCAACUUUAUUGAUUUAGCAGGCAGUGAAAAAAUAACAUCGAGUCCAAUUUCAGAUGAUAUCACUAGAAAUUCCAAUAGGAAGGAUAGAAAUAAAGAGAGCUCUGCAAUCAAUAAGAGUUUGUUCUUUUUAACAAGAGUUAUUGCAUUAAAAACUUAAAAGGUUCCACCUCAACACAUCCCCUAUCGUAACUCAACAUUAACUAAACUAUUAAAAUCUUCACUCACAGGGAACUUCAAAACCUUGAUUCUUUUGAGUAUUAACCCUGGAUUGAGUUAAUAUGACCAAACACAAUCUACUCUGAGAUUUGGCACAAGUGCAAAAUUGGUUGAAUCUAAAAUUGAAUAGAAUGUAAAUUUUGAUGCUUCCUAUUCUAAUAAUUAAUAAAAAUUAAAUUAGUUAAUCCAAAAAAACAAACAAAAUGAAAAGAUCAUUUAAGAUUAAUAAAAGAUUAUUGACUCAUUAAAAUAGCAAAUACAAACAUAAAAUGGUUCAGAAAUCUUAACAAAUUUUAAAUAAUCGGAAAUUUAAUUAGUUUCAAAGCCAUCAGUAAGUCAAUUCAAUGAAACUGAUGUAUCCCUAUUGGAGAAAACCCAAGAAUUAAAUUCAUAACUACAAUAAGAAAUGGAAAAGAAUGUACUUUUAGAAAAGAAUUGUACAGAACUUCAUAAAAGAUUAUAGAAAUCUAAUGAAUAGAUUCUUACUUAUUUCAAUUCCCACAAAGAAAUGGAAUAAUAAAUAAAAGAAUUAAAAUUGUAAAAUGAGAAAUUUGAAAAACUAUCUUAAAAUGCCCUAAAUAGACUUUCGUGCUAUGAGGGAUAACCAAAUUUCAAAAAAUUUAGUUUAGAAGAUCUUUAAAACUUAGAACAUUAAAUAUAGUAAUGUUUAUAGGAAAUCAAAAUAGAAAAAUAAAGAAGGAACUCAUUUUAAUAGUUGAAUAUAGAUGCAAUGCCUUUAUUUACUCAACCAACAGAGACUUUGAGAUCAGAUAGAAGUAGUGCUAGUUAAGAUUUUCGUAGAAUUGAGGAAGAAGACUCAUUGCCUAAAAGCUAUAAGAAAACUCCAAAAAAGGAUGUAAAACAAUUGCAACCAAAAAAGCAAUAAUAAAGCUAUUUCAAGGCCACAUCUAAUCGAUUAUCGACGCUUUCUAAUAAUGAAAACAAGUCUCCUUUACUCAAGAAGCCAAAUUUGAGAGAUGCUAAAAAUUUUGCUAAAAAAAUUUAAGAUUAGAAAAUUUAGAAACCGACUCAGGUUUAGGAGGAGUACAGAAGUAAAUCUAAUGAAAAUCAUUCCUAAUAGGGGGGUUAGUAGCCGGAACAAAGCAAAUUGAAAAAUGAUAUAUAAUCGUUGGCUGAUAGAUUAUAUUCUUUGUCUGAGAAGUUCUAGUUAAAUAGGGAUUCUAGAGUGAGUUAGAGUAGAAAAAGCACGAACAUAAAUAGAACUGAUAUAAUUUAUGAGACCGAAUCAGAGUUGCUAGGAGACAGUAGGACAACAAUACAUAAAAGCAAUCGCUCAGCUAUGAAAUGA